AGUGGACACGAAUGUUUGAAAUUCCGAGUCUGUCACGAGUGAGUUUAAUUUUCAGAUAGAGGAAACAUGUUGUACUUGACAGCUGUAGUGCUGGCGAUAGCACACCUUUCAGCGGCAGUGCCGACUUUCAACGACGCAAUCAGAGUGUCCAGUCUUCAGAGCGCUGCGUUGGACGAAAUUUCUGGAUUGGCCGCCAGUCGGAUUCAUGAUGGGAUUUUGUAUGGAAUCAACGAUCACACCAGUAGCACCGUUGAGAACAAGGUGUAUGCCAUCGACGCAAACACAGGUGUUCUUAAAGCCACCCUGACGAUCAGGGGUGCGACCAACUGGGAUUGGGAGGACAUCGCCGUGGGUCCCUGUCCCGACUCCGGCUCCUGCAUCUAUAUUGGGGACAUCGGCAGCCACAACGGCAUUUCACAGAACACCGUCUACAGGGUGAGGGAGCCAGCUACAUUGGAGGAUAAAGCCAUAGCUUACCUGGACAAGCUGCAGUACAGAUGGGGCGAGCCAGAGAGUGAGUGUCUGAUGGUCGAUCCUGCCGGCAACGCCUUCAUUGUCUCCCGUGUUCAGGGUGGCCAAGGCCUUAUGGCCAAGCUUCCCUCAUUCGGCUGGGGUGGCCAGCCCGCUGACCUCACCGUCACAUCCCGACUCUCAACCAGCACCGCUCACUACGACCCUCUUGGGUGCGACAUCUCCCUCGACGGAAAGGCAAUGCUCAUCAAAGCCAGGGACGACAUCUAUUACUACUCCGUCCCCGACGGAGACUACGUCGGGGCGGCGACGGGCAAGGCUACGACAGUGACCUAUGAUCAGAAGGAGAUUUUUGGAGAGUCGGUCGCAUGGACGACCAAAGGUGACGGCUAUUACACUGUAGGCGAGGGACUUUAUAAACCCAUCUAUCUGUACUCUGCCGUGGGCACUGUCGUCGUGGGAUAGUGAAACUGCACCCGUUUUCCUGUAGAGCUAAAAUAUAGUUUUUGUAUCGUGUAAUGGAUAGCGUUAUCGACGCAAUAAAUAAUUUCGAUAAACUUCGAUAAAUAUGCAAAUGAGA